CAAGCUGCGUGUCUGCUAAUUUGGUAUUUGGCAAUAUAUCGUGAAGUAAUUUAAGUUUCUGGUUUGCAGACUAGAGAAAACUAGUAGCGUAGAACAGAAUAUCUGAACUUAAUCAAGAUGGGAAAUGAAACUUCUCCGAUGGAAAUGUGUUCAACCUUUGACCCAGAUGAAAUCAAACGUCUGGGAAAGAGGUUUCGCAAACUGGAUUUGGAUAAUUCUGGAUCUCUCAGUGUUGAUGAAUUUAUGUCUUUACCAGAAUUGCAACAGAAUCCAUUGGUACAGCGUGUAAUUGAUAUAUUUGAUACCGAUGGCAAUGGAGAAGUUGAUUUCAAAGAGUUUAUUCAAGGAGUGUCGCAGUUUAGUGUUAAAGGAGAUAAGGAAUCCAAACUGAGAUUUGCUUUUCGCAUUUACGAUAUGGAUAACGAUGGCUACAUAUCUAACAGUGAACUGUUUCAAGUUCUGAAAAUGAUGGUUGGUAGUAAUUUGAAAGAUGUUCAACUACAACAGAUUGUUGACAAAACUAUCUUGUUUGCUGAUAAGGAUGAAGAUGGAAAAAUUUCAUUCCAAGAAUUUUGUGCAAUGGUUGGCAAUACUGAUAUACAUAAGAAGAUGGUUGUGGAUGUUUAACUAUGAAGAAUUUAUUCUUGCCUCUGCAUCAGAACUAUUGUAAAUUUUUCUCAUUUGUAGAUAGUGUAUGUGUGUACAGUUGAAUUUAUUAUUCUCUUUUGAUGUAUACACUAAAAUCUAUAGUUCAGAUUUUCCCAGUGGCAUAGCUGCAAAUUAAUGUCAUGUAGAGUUUUUAUUUAGAUGUCAAGUUUGAUAUUUUUUAAGACCUACAUUACAUUCUUAGCUGAAGAUCUUAGAAUUCUUAUUUGUGUCCAUAGUUCUUAUUCUUCCUGUUAUAGCUGUUAUGUUUUACAAAGAUACUUGGAAUGUCAUAUUUAUAUUUUUUCCCAAUGUUUUUAACAGUUUAUUUCAAUUUUUUAUUAGAAGGGGGGAAAAGAAAAAAAAAACUUGCUUUUAUAUUAAGAAAACAUUAAGAAGACAUUAAGACUUGAAAAAUAUAAAAUAGAAUUGGUUAUGAAAACUCAUAAUUUAAAUAAAAUUUUAACUUAUAAUAACAGUUUUCUUUCUGUUCAUCAUUAAAAUUAGUUAGGACAACUUAUCUUCCUAUUUAUAAAUUUAUCUCAGUAAUGUCUGAUUUCAUUAUAAUUUUUUUUUUCUUUAGAAAAGAAAAUAUUCUGUUUAAAGUAUUUUGUAGUAGUAUGAUAAUUUGUUGCAUAUAAAAUAUAAGUUCUUAUAAUAGGCAAUUGUGGCUAUAAAUAUAUAUGUAUUUAAUGUUAAAAAUGAAGUGUCGUAGAUGUCGCAGAUCUCCUUCAGCGUCUUGAAAAUUUUUUUAUUUUGUUUUAAUGCAUAUGUAAUUUUUAAAUAUGGAUAAAUAAUUUAUUUAAAGAUUAAACUUUUCAGCAUUACGGCCAGAAAAUUCCGUAUAGAAGGGCUGCUUUCCAUAUUCAUUACACAUGAAAAUUUCUGCUAUCUUUUAAUGUAUUUGAUUUCAGUUUGGAUGUAUAUUGGAAGAAAAGGAAUCAAGGUACAAAAUAAGAG